CUCAUUUGUGAACAGUCAUCCAACCCCACCCUCACUCUCAACCCCAAUUCUCACAACCAGCAGUCCCACCCCCGCAGUGCCCCUCAAAUCUGUCCAGGUUAUUAGUUGCAUUAAGUCAUAAGUUGAGUUAGGCAUAGCUCGAGUGGCAAAAGGUGGAGAAUUUGUGGCUUAGGUUGCAGGUUCAAGCCCCACACCAUGCAAAGCAAAGCCCGGUAUUUAAGUGGAGAAGGGUAGAGGGGCGGGCCCAUUAUCCACCGAGUUUAGAAGGCUGUGAUUGGUCCAAAGGGCGGGUCACAGACGGGGAUUUCUCAGUUAUCAAAAAAAAAAAUGGAUCGUAGUUGGAUGUAUGAAAGGACUAAUUUUGGUCGAGUGGGGAUAAAGCCUGAAUUUGUAAAAGGUGUUGAUGGUUUUGUGGACUAUGCAAUGACACUAGAACCUUUUCAACUUAGUAGCUUGGUGAAGUGUCCUUGUAAGAAAUGUCAAUGUAUGAAUUAUGAAAAACCAGAGAUUGUUAAGUUUCAUCUUUAUCGAAAUGGGUUUAAAGAAGACUAUACAGUGUGGACUAGUCAUGGAGAAAUUGACAAUAGUUUUGAUAGAUUUCAACACCAUGUUGUUGGUGAAAGUAGUAAGGCAGUGAAACCUAAUGUCCAAAAUUAUAGAAUGCACUACAUGGUUCGGGAUGCGCAUAAGCUGCAUCCUGAUUUUGAAUUUCGCGACCACGUUGAAGAAGCUCCCAAUGAUGAAUCUAGAAUUUUCUUUGAACAAUUGAAAGUUGCUAGUCGGCCUUUAUAUGAGGGGAGUCCACACUGGGAGACCGACGCGAGGUUCAAGCAGAUAAACGAGGUUGCCAAGAUGGUCAGAGCAACUACUAAGGGUGGCUCUCUACACACAAUUGGGGUUCAGAGCCAAGGGAAUGUGAAGAGGAAAUUGGAAAAGAAACUGGGGAGACCGGUAACUCAGGCAAAGGCAUUCAAGACUACACACACAAGGAAGAAGAAAACCCCCGGAGAUCCAGACGUUUGGGUUCCUCAACUGACCUACAUGAUAGCCGAGGCAUGCCAUUGAGCCAAGAGCAGACUGAGAGAAUGUGGCUAGACUCGGUUGGUGGGCCGAGUUGGUAUGGGUAUUCUUACGACCCCUUUCGUGAAUUUUAUUCGGAGCUAGAAGGCCUAGGUAGUUUCCAGGAUGAUUGGUCAAGGGAGAAGAUAUUGGAACAGAAGAUAGCUAAGCUAUGUAGCCAAGUCGAAGUCUCGCGGGCUAGGGAAAGGCAGAGGGACAUAGAGCAUGAAGGGAUUAAGGCCCAAUUAGAUGCACUACUUGCUUUGGUUGCUUCGGGGUGGAUUCCCCCUUGUCCCAGUGAUGUAGUUUGCCCUCCUCGUCUUUCCCAGUAUCAACCUAUUCAACAUCAAGUAUAUGGUCAAUACAGAGGUUUGACCGAUGAGCCCAGCAAUGAUGAGGAUC